AUGCUAACUCAGGAGCAACCAGGCCUCAUGCUGGCCGCUUCAGUCGACGAUGAACAGGCUGAGUCCGAGCUGGCUGAGAUCAAGAGUCAAGCGAAGAUGAUCUUCCGCCGACUGAAUCGCAAUGCUGCACCGCAGGCGAGCAUUGAAUCCGGUCAAUACAAUCUCCACUACACAAUCAAAGACGAUAUCUGUUUCCUCUGCAUCUGCGACCGCUCCUACCCCCGCAAGCUUGCAUUCACUUAUCUUGCUGAUCUGGCUUCUGAAUUUACGACCACCUACUCCGCAUCACAAUACCUCUCUCCCACUCUUCGCCCUUAUGCCUUUGUCGAGUUCGAUACCUUUAUUCAGCGCACGAAGAAGUUGUACCAAGAUAGCCGUGCCUCGGGCAACCUGGACAAGCUAAACGAUGAGCUGCGUGAUGUCACAAAGGUCAUGACCAAGAAUAUCGAGGACCUCUUGUACCGUGGAGACAGCCUGGAGCGCAUGGGCGAACUUUCAGGUCGCCUGCGCGAGGACAGCAAGAAAUACCGCCGGGCAGCAGUGCGCAUCAACUGGGAAUUGUUGGUAAAACAGUACGGGCCUUUCGCUGGCGUUGGUUUCUUAGUGCUUCUUCUUCUUUGGUGGCGAUUUUUCUGA